AUGAUGAAUUUUAAUAUAUCACACGCCAGCUACCAUAGUUUCAUUCUGACAGGUAUCCCAGGGAUGCCAGACAAGAACCCAUGGAUGGCCUUUGCCUUGGGAUUUCUCUACACACUAACUCUUCUGGGAAAUGGCACCAUCCUGGCUGUCACCAAGGUGGAUCAGAGUCUCCAUGAACCAAUGUACUACUUCCUCUCUAUCUUGGCUCUGACUGAUGUUAGUCUCUCCAUGUCUACCUUGCCCACCAUGCUCAGCAUCUUCUGGUUUAAUGCCCCUGAGAUUGCCUUUGAUGCAUGCAUCACACAGAUGUUCUUCAUCCAUGGAUUCGGAGUAGUAGAAUCAGGAGUGCUAGUGUCCAUGGCCUUCGACAGAUUUGUGGCCAUCCGAAACCCACUACGCUAUGUUUCCAUCCUCACCCAAGGUGUUAUUACCAAGAUUGGAAUAACUGUCCUUGCCCGGGCAGUCUGUGUGGUCUUCCCUGUGCCCUUCCUUAUAAAACGGCUACCAUUCUGUCAUUCCAAUGUCCUGUCUCAUCCUUACUGUCUCCACCAAGAUGCAAUGCGACUAGCUUGUGCUAGCACCCGGAUCAACAGCCUCUAUGGCCUCAUCAUUGUCAUCUUCACACUAGGGUGGGAUGCUCUUAUCAUUCUUUUUUCCUACGUGCUCAUCCUGCAGACUGUGCUGGGCAUUGCCUCCAGAGCUGAAAGGUUCAAAACCCUUAACACCUGCCUCUCUCACAUCUGUGCUGUGCUUCUCUUCUAUGUUCCUCUCAUUGGUGUCACCAUGGUCCACAGAUUUGGGAAGCAUUUGUCACCAGUAGUGCACACACUAAUGGCCAAUAUCUACCUGCUGCUCCCCCCAGUAAUGAACCCCAUUGUUUACAGUGUGAAGACUAAGCAGAUACGAAGACGGAUCAUCCAAGUGUUCCAGAGGAAAGUCUAGUGGGUGGAGAUCACAUGUAAGAGACAGAAUAAGUAGCAAAUGGGAGGUUUAAUAUUUCCAUUUUCAGCAGUUAUAGUGCAGUCAAAUUAUCUACAUCUGGCAAAAUGCAAGAUUGGGAUAAGGUUUGUGGGUGAAGAUCCAACACAGGUCAUUCUUGUUCUGUAUAUAGUCUGUAUUUUGGAAUAUAUGCAUCUAAAAUGCAAUUGAAUUAAUUAAAAUUAUAUUUUUCUUCUUUAAAACAGAAGGUGAGCAUCAAUAAUGACAUAAGUUAUCACCUAUUAAUCCAGUUAACAUUUGUGAUUGUUUAUUCAUACAAUAUUAAGUAAUAUUUUCUUUAUCAGUUAAAUAGUAAUUACUUUAAAAAAUAUUCAAGUAGCCCUAUAGCACUGCUGAAAGGCUGGUUUCUGAGCUUUUUCUUAAAACAGA